GGUUUCGCGUUCUCCAAAAUCCCGCCGUUUUCUCUCUGUUUGUCGUUCGUUCUUUAUUUUCACUUACCUAAAAGGCUAAAUCAAUUCCCAAAUUCGAUCAAUUUGUUUUUCUAGGGUUUAUGAUCCUCACUAAACCCUCAACCUCAAAUUUCUUCCUAAUUCUGUAAACAUCAAUUGAUAAUCAAUUAAACAACAAUGAUGAGAGCAAGAUUGGUAGUAUUUCCAGUAAAAGGGAGAAAUUGGUGUUUCAGCAGAUCAGUGGAUUCGUUAAUUGCAGGAGAUUCGUCGACAUUGUCGACUACCCCUACGACUGUUAGAGAUCUCUGGAAGUCUCUAUCCUCCUCUUCUCAACCUUCUGUUACUGCUAAUGCCGAGCUCGUCGUCGAUUUCGUCUCCCACAAGAUGAAUACAGCUUGGUCGGGUUUGGAGAAGGCACCACAAGGGUCUUUCAAAAACAAAAUUCAUGGUGUUGGGUUGUGGUUGCUUUCUCGGGUCAAGCCAUCCGAGCUCUUCUUAAAAUCUAUAUCUAAGGAAGUUGCUGGAGUUGAAGUUACAUAUCCAACAAGUGUAAAUGCUAGACUCAUACGCCGAAGGUUACGGCACAUUGCCAUGAGUGGAUCAAUAAUUCACAAAAAGUAUUUGUAUGCGUCUGCAGCAUUGCUUCCAGUAACCACUGUCUUCAUGGUUCUGCCUUUGCCCAACAUCCCAUUCUUUUGGAUGCUAUUUCGUACAUACUCCCACUGGCGUGCCUGGCAGGGCAGUGAAAAGCUUCUUCAGCUUGUCUCGGAUGGUUCAGAUGGACGGUGCAGUAGCAAGAAAGAAACUGAAAGUCCUAAUAGAUCCCAUGAUGGAAGUCAAGAAGUCAACGGGUUACGUUGUGUCUUUGAGCCAUCAAAGCAACUUGAAGAACUUGUUCGCCGUGGAAAUGCAAAUGGUGGCCUUAGCAAAUGCGUCAUGAUAGAUAUUUGCAAGACUUUUGAGUUGAAUCCACAGGAAGUUCUCAGGUACCAGAAUUUGUAGCUGAAGUGUUAGGAUUAGGAGCAUAAUUGAACUUUUCUUUAGAGGAAUUAGAUUUGCAAUUUGGUCAGCAGAAGAACUCAGCCACAUUGAGAUUGAGAAUUUGCAGACAUUGGAAGAAACUUGUGUCUGGAGUUUCAACUUUCAAUUGAUAUAAAUUAUCAUGAUUCGUGGUUUUCAAGCAUAUACAGGCUAUAUUAUCCUAUUUAUUUAAUUCCCUGUUAAAAGUUUAAGCAUAGUUGUUUUUAGAAAGUAAAUUGUUCUCUC